CUGAGUAUUACGACACUCAUGUCUUGAAGAACACAUAUAAAGACAACAUCAAACCUGUCAACGGUGAGAAGCUGUGGGUUCAGACUAACAAGCCUCCAAUGGGAAUACCUGAGGUACGAAAGCCGCGAGGUCGACCAAAAAACAGAGAUAGAAUCAUGGAGCCUUUUGAAUCACUACAGAAUGCAGGAAAAGCCACAAGACAUGGCAGGAUACCACAUUGCAGCCGUUGUGGUCAAGUUGGACACAUUAACAGAGGAUGUAACAAUGAACCGGUUGUUGUUGAGGGACCAAAGAACAAGCGUGGUAGACCUCGUAAGCAUCCAGCUGAGGUUAAUCCCAAUCCGAAGCCUCCACCAAAGCCAAGGAAAAAAUGCUCAGCUGAAACAAACUCCCAACCUGCUCCUGCAACAAGCUCCCAAGCUGAGCAAACAGGCGACUCAAGUUCACAGCCUCAAGUUAUUUCAAGUGCUCCGCAGCCAUCAUCAAAUCAACCACCAAAGCCACAUGCAAAAAAGGCUCCACGAGGAAAGCCAUUGAAGAUCAGAAAAACAGGUAACAUCACACAUGGUGUUGGAACGCUUUGGAGUCCAUUCACGGACAGACCUUUUGAGGUGUUUGGAAGCCGUUUUUAUGAUAGGUCUACUUCAAACCCACAACCUCCAGAAGAGUGAUUUUAAGCUUAUUGCAGCUUUGUAAUUUGUUAUUCUGUUUCAGAACUUAUGUUUCGGAACUUAUGUUUCAGAAGAUGAUGUUCUUUUGGCUUUUGGUUUUUGUUUGCAGCUUUGUAAU